UACCUGAUGACGCCUAGUGCUGCUCCGGAGGAGAUAAAUUCUGCAGCACCAGCGACGCUGAAGUCUCAAACGGCUUGGGAGAGAGAAUCGCAAUGAAGAACUCAAGUGUGGCGCUCCUCGCUCUUUUCGGAGUUUUAGUUUCUGGAUAUAACGAAGAGAAAGAAACUCACGGGUCUUCUCUCUGGUUCUGUCAUAAACUGGACUGUCCAGAAUACACUUUGGUGAAGAAGCAUGAGACCUUUGAAGAGCGAUACUAUAAUGCCAGCAGAUGGAUGACGACAGAGGUAGAAGGAAAUUACAAGAGCGCUGUUAACAAAGGUUUCAUGCGCCUCUUCUAUUACAUAGGUGGAAACAAUGAAGCCGGGAUAAAGAUUCCUAUGACUGCCCCGGUUGCUGUUGUGGUGCAUCCCCCUACCAUCGACGGGAAUCCAAAGAACAUCUCUGUAUCCUUCUUCGUCCCUGCAAAAAGCAUUCCGCCAAAACCAAAGGACCUUACAAUUCAUGAGUUAAAUUUGACUGGCAGCACUAUGUAUGUUCGAUCUUUUGGUGGAUUUGCCUCGGAGUCAGAUUGGACUGAAAACGCCCAAGCGCUCGAGGCUGACCUGAAGGCAGCUGGCAUAUCCUAUGAUCCUGUCAGCUAUGUAGCAGCUGGUUAUGAUUCUCCAUUCAGGCUCUUCAACAGGCACAAUGAAGUUUGGUUCCACGGGUUGAAGAUGGAGAAUGCGGAGAAAACUGAAAACGCUUGAGCCUGAUUAUACAUGGAAUGGAACCUGUUAUGGAAAUGAAUGACGUUUGUCUGCCAGAAGUAAAGAUGGACAGUAAUUUAACUCCUGAUGAUGUGCAAAGAUGCACUUUUCACAGGUGUGAAUGUGUGCUAAGUAAAACUUUCAUGCCUGACAAAAAUGCACAUCCAGUUCCUUGCAGUUUUGUUUAACAAGUCUUUGAAUGUGACAAUGUUGUAUAAAGGGAUUAUUGUAAAUGUAUUACAGGGAUGUGCUUAUAUGACCUCUAGUGCUUCAGAUAACGCUUGAGUAAUUAACUAAUCUUAAUGUAACUGAAAUCUUCUUUAAUGAGCAAAACAAACGUAUUGAAAUAAAGGAGCACUAUUUGUAGUGCAGGAAACAA